CACCCGGCACGCCCAGCGGGCCUGGAGCCGCUCAGCGGGCUUGGAGCCGCCCGGCGGGCCCAAGCGACCCUCACGGUGGCACCGUUCUCCGCCGCUCGCCGCCAUGGACGUGUACCCCCCGCACCGGCUGGGGCAGUCCCGCGCACGGUCUCCCGGCGGCCCCGGCCGCGGGGCGCCCUCUGUCAGCUGCAGCCGACUCCGCCAUGUUCAGAGUAUCCUGACCCAGAGCAGCAAGUCUAGACCUGAUGGGAUUCUCUGCAUCCUAGGAAUCGAUAGCAGGUACAAUGAAGGCUGCAGAGAGCUGGCAAAUUAUCUUCUGUUUGGUUUGUACAAUCAAAAUCCCAGUGAUUUUGAGAAAACAGGAUUUUCUGAAGAAGUUCUAGAUGAUGUAAUUAUUUUGAUUAAAUCAGAUAGUGUCCAUCUAUACUGUAAUCCUGUAAACUAUCGCUAUCUUUUACCCUACGUGGCACAUUGGAGAAAUCUGCAUAUCCACUGCAUGACUGAAAAUGAGUAUGAAGAUGAAGAAGCUGCAGAGGAAUUUAAAAUUGCCAGUUUUGUGGAUAUGACUCGAGACUGUAGUAGAAUUGGCAUUCCUUACAGCUCCCAAGGUCACUUGCAGAUAUUUGAUAUGUUUGUAGUGGAGAAAUGGCCAAUUGUACAGGCCUUUGCACUUGAAGGCAUUGGAGGGGAUGGAUUUUUUACCAUGAAAUACGAGUUGCAGGAUGUGAGUUUGAAUCUCUGGAAUGUCUACAGCAAGAUGGACACAAUGUCUCUGGAGCAUUUGCUUUCAGAAGAUUUGGUGACUUUUGAACAUCAGUGGUCUAACUUCUUUGCUAAUUUUGACACAGAAAUUCCCUUCCUGCUGGAACUUUCUGAAUCUCAGGCGGGUGAGCCAUUCAGAAGUUACUUCAGUCAUGGAAUGAUUUCCAGCCAUAUAACUGAAAACAGCCCUAGUAGGCAGCCAUUCGUUCUCUUUGGUAACCAUUCCACACGGGAAAACCUGAAUGCUGGCAACUUUAACUUCCCCUCUGAAGGGCACCUGGUACGCAACACUGGUCCUAGUGGGAGCUUUGCCAAGCACAUGGUGGUACAGUGUGUCUCGCCAAAGGGGCCCCUUGCUUGUUCAAGAACAUACUUUUUUGGAGCUACACACAGUCCCUAUUUGGAUAACAGCAAGCUACCCAAGAAAACUGAACAAAUGCUCUUAUCUCAGGUAUAUGCUGCUGUUAUUGAGGCUGUUUUGGCUGGCAUUGCAUGUUAUGCUAAAACUUCCAGUCUAACAAAGGCCAAGGAGGUAGCAGAACAGGCCCUGGGAUCCGGGUUAGAUUCCUUUGAGUUGAUGCAGUUUAAGGCAGCCCUACGUUCCAAGAUGUCUUUUCAUAUACACGCUGUGAAUAAUCAGGGAAGAAUUGUGCCUCUGGACAGUGAGGAUAGCUUAUACUUUGUGAAAACGGCUUGUAUGACUGUCUAUGACAUUCCUGACUUGCUGGGAGGAAGGGGAUGCUUAGGAUCUGUGGUCUUCUCAGAAUCGUUUUUGACAUCUCAGAUCAUGGUUAAAGAAAAAGAUGGCACUGUUACUACAGAAACCAGCUCCGUAGUCCUGACAGCCGCCAUCCCCAGAUUCUGCUCCUGGCUGGUGGAAGAUAAUGAAGUAAAAUUGUCUGAGCAAACCCAGCAAGCAGUGAAGGGGGAUGAGUGUUUCCUGGGCACUUUUCUGACAGGAGGAGAAGGAGCAUAUCUUUAUUCCAGCAACCUGCAGUCCUGCCCUGAGGAAGGAAAAGUACAUUUCUUCUCUAAUGGCCUUCUAUUUUCUCAUCGUCAUCAUGGAAGUAUCAUCAUUUCCAAGGAUCAUAUGAAUUCCAUUUCAUUCUAUGAUGGGGAUUCCACCAGUAUUGUUGCUGCCCUUCUGAUAGACUUCAAAAGCUCAUUACUUCCCCACCUCCCGGUUCAGUUCCAUGGAUCAAGCAAUUAUCUGAUGAUUGCUCUUUUCCCUAAAUCAAAGAUAUACCAAGCAUUUUACACAGAGGUCUUCUCCCCUUGGCAACAGCCGGCCAACUCAGUGCUCUCUUUAAAAGUGAUCCAGGAAGAUGGAUUAUCUGUAGAACAAAAGAGACUACACUCGAGUGCACAGAAGCUCUUCACUGUCCUCAGUUAUUCCUCUGGGGAGAAAUGGAGUCCUCUGAAGCUGCUCUCAGCCAAACUCCCAGAACUGGACUGGUUUCUCCAGCAUUUUGCCAUCAGCAGCAUUAGUCAGGAGCCUGUGAUGAGGGCCCAUCUUCCUGUCCUGCUGCAGCAAGCUGAAAUCAAACCUGCUCACAGAGGAGAAAAUGACAAGGUAAUUAUCAGCAUUGUAACCGGCCUCCCAGGUUGUCAUGCUAGUGAACUCUGUGCUUUUCUGGUCACUCUGCAUAAAGAAUAUGGCAGGUGGAUGGUGUACCGACAAAUCAUGGACAGUUCCGAGUGUUUUCGUGUUGCCCACUUCCAGAGAUACCUUUCUAAUGCUCUGGAGGCCCAACAGAACCGGUCUGCCCGCCAAUCAGUCUACAUCCGAAAGAAGACCAGACUGCUGGUGAUAUUACAAGGCUACACAGAUGUCAUUGAUGUUGUCCAGGCCCUGCAGACCCAUCCAGACUCAAAUGUCAAGUCCUUCUUCACCAUUGGUGCCAUCACAGUGUGUGUGGAGCCCCUAAGCUGCUACAUGGAGCACAAAUUUCUCUUUCCCAAAUGUCUUGACCAGUGUUCACAAGGCCUAGUGAGUAACGUGGUCUUCACCAGUCACACCACGGAGCAGAGGCACCCACUCCUUGUCCAGCUGCAGAGCCUCAUCAGGGCGGCGAAUCCCACUGCAGCUUUCAUUCUUGCAGAAAAUGGGAUUGUCACCAGGAAUGAAGAUAUUGAGCUGAUUCUCUCAGAAAAUAGUUUCUCAAGUCCCCCGAUGCUACGAUCUCGAUAUUUAAUGUAUCCUGGCUGGUUUGAAGGUAAAUUUGAUGCAGGAUCCGUCUUUCCACUAAUGGUUCAGAUCUGCGUGUGGUUUGGUCGUCCCUUGGAGAAGAACCGCUUUGUGGCCAAGUGUAAAGCAAUUCAGUCCUCCAUCAAGCCAAGUCCUUUCUCUGGGAACAUCUAUCACAUCCUGGGCAAAGUGAAGUUUUCAGACUCAGAGAGGACCAUGGAGGUCUGCCACAACACUCUGGCCAACUCCUUGAGCAUCGUUCCGGUUUUGGAGGGACCCACUCCACCACCUGAUUCCAGAAGUACACCUCAAGACAGCAGUGGACAGCAGGAGUGCUACCUUGUGUUCAUUGGCUGCUCCCUGAAGGAAGAAAGUGUCAAGGACUGGCUGCGUCAGUCAGCUAAGCAGAAGCCUCAGCGGAAAGCCCUGAAGACCAGGGGGAUGCUGACCCAGCAGGAGAUCAGGAAUAUCCACGUUAAACGCCACCUGGACCCGCUACCUGCAGGCUACUUUUACAAUGGCACCCAGUUUGUCAACUUCUUUGGUGACAAGACUGAUUUUCACCCACUCAUGGACCAGUUCAUGAACGACUACGUGGAAGAAGCCAACCGCGAAAUCGAGAAAUACAAUCGGGAGCUGGAGCAGCAGGAGUAUCACGACCUCUUUGAGCAGAGGCCCUAGAGGAAGACUGCAGAGCGGCCACCUGGCGGGGGACAGGAUGGUUUCUUGACCCCAGUCUCCUGGAGGAACCAUUUGUUCUCCUUGGCCUUUGUGUGCUGAUUUGAGUGCAUGUUGUCUUUAUUCUCUAUCCAGCGCUGAGAACAUCACCUGCACCGCUUCGGGGGUGGGGUGGGGGGUGGGGAAGGACAUCAGGGAGAUGACUGUCCUGUCUGUGCUGACAGACCAGGACCUCUGGGUCUCUGGUGUCAGCAUCCCCGGGCUUUUGAGGCACUGUGUGAAGGGAGACACAAUUGGAUUGCACAAAUGAGCUGCAGGGUGCAGGGGCAGCACAAACUGUAGCUUCCCUUGGGUAGCAAGGCCACCACAGGCCUCACACCUCAGACUCUGCCCCAGGAGAGGGCUCCUAGUGAAGUCCCUGCCUCCCUGCCUCCCUGCUCAGGCCCCUUCCUUUAAGGAGCUGACCCCUGCAGCCUGAGGGGGAGCAACACAAGCCCCAGCCACUGAGCCAGCAGCUUGGGCUGAGAUCAACAGCUGCUUCUAAAAUGAGACCAUUUUCCUCACAGACUAAACUGAGGGAAGGCUUGUUUUCCAAAAGAGUAUGGAUUUUGAAUUGCUCUAAGCAGUCCCCUUUGGGGUUGGGUUUGAGCUCCCUAGUGACAGCUUGCUGGUUUGCCCGAUGCAGGGGCAAGUGCAGACCUGCUGCUCCGGCCUCCGCAGUGCUCUGCCUGCCUGCAGUUGAGGAAGGCCUGCGGGCCCAGGCUGUGCUUGCUUAAAGGUUCCUGGAAGGGGGUUCAGUCUCUAGCUCUCAACCCUCCCUUCAGCCUAGCCAGGGACAGCUUGGUUUCCAGACACGCUUGAGGAAAUGCACGCCCCUCAGGCAUUGUUCUUGGUCAUGGGCUCGUUUGGCUGCUGAGGACCAGAAAUACCGAAGAAUUCCAAUAUCCAAAUUAGAAUUCCUUCCAGGGGCUUUGUAUUCAAUGGGGCCAUAAAGCAGAAGUGUGUCCCGUGCUUGAUCUCCAAAAUUAGUGGGAGAGGAGGUCGCAAGUACUGAUCUUUAAGUGAUGUCUGUUAGGACUUUAGCGCCUUAGCUGCCUAGAUUGUAAAUGCUUUCUGAAUUUCACAUAUUUUUUGCAUGCCUUAGGAAAAAGCACAUAGGCAAAACCAGCAGCGUUUCUAGUAAUGUAAAGGGGUGUUUGAGAAAGGCCCCAGGUGCAGAGGACAGACAGGAAGAAUGGAGCACACAUAGAGCGUGUGCCUGGUCGUGCAGAGGCCUGCAUGCAAGUAGCAGAGAGGAGGGGAGGGCUUGUUGGCAAAACGUACUUGUAUUAGAAAACAGUUGUUUGAAGCCAAAUGAACAAAACUCUUAAUACCAUUGAAAAAGAACUCUUGCAUGAAGAAAGGCUUCCGAGAGGCCCGUGUGCUCCAGCCCAGCGUCCACCAGCCCAGCGUGCUGGUGACAAGGGCCCAGCUGCGGCGCCCAAGUCUGGUUGCCCCUCGCUUCUGGCUGGCCAGAGGCUGAGUCCGCAGCACCUGUCUCUGCUUCGGAAUCAGUAACAUAGGUCUUAAGUGCAAUUGAUUAAAUAAGCAAUGAGUUACUGUAGCCGCCUUUAGCUCUACCGAGCUCUUUUUAAAAACUCAAACUUGAGCAGCCUUA